AAGAGUGUGCUAUGCAAAUGACAGGGGAAAAUUGCUUUGCCGAGAUCUUUGAUGACAGUCAAACCAACAGUUAGAAGUUAAAGGAGAAUGCGAGUGUGCAGUGAAGGACAGCAUGCUACAGCAGUACCUGACUGUGGGACUGUUCCUCCUUUUUGAUCUCUUCCUAAAAGGUUUGACGACUAUGGUUAGAGGCCCUUCAAUGCUGGAGGCUUCCCUUGGCAAGACGCUGUUUGUAAUGUGUCAAUAUGACAAAAAUUAUUACAACUACAAGAAGUACUGGUGCCAAGGCUCUGAAUGGCAGCCCUGUAAAUACGUUGUUAAGACUGAUGGGACUGAGGAAGAAAAGAGGGCUGGCAGAACUGUCAUCCAGGACAAUCAAACGCAAUUCGAAUUCACAGUGAGAAUAGAGAACAUCUCAGAGGAAGAUGCUGACAUUUAUUGGUGUGCCAUAGAAAGAAACUUGCCUGAUUUCAAUUGGAAAGUAAAUAUUACAGUAACCAUAGAACUGCCACCUAUUAGCACAACUGGAUAUUUUUCUACCAUCUCAACCUUCCCUAUCGAAACUACAAGGACAAGUCCAAAUAGCAACCCUGAUCUCCUGAUCCUGCUACCAGUGGUUCUUGGGGUACUGAUGCUAAUUUUAAGUGGAACUACUCUGUUGAUGUGGAAGCUAAAUAAGAAAAAAGCUACCAAAAACUCUAAGGUUUCUCCUUCAUCUGAUCAAGCCACAGAAGUGACCUAUACAACUGUGAUACCAACUCAGGUUUUUGCUUCUAAGUCUCAGAUUCCUCAAAACACAGAAAGGGUUGAUUAUGCUUCCUUCAGAUUUUCUACCUUAAAUGAUCAACCUAUCUAUGGUAAUGUAUGAAAAGAAGACAAUCAAGCCACUCCUGAGAAUUUCUCCUUACAUGAACUGAAGAGGAAGGAUUUAGAAUCUUCUCCAUCAGAGGCCUUCCUCCUGUUCCAGCUCCUCAAGUAGAAGACCUCAACCCUUUGGCAUCACAUACAUUACUGCAGAGAUGCGAUAAAGUAAAGCCCAUCCUUUUAACUAAGUGGAAUGGCACUCCAGAGCCAUCUUCAAUGGCUUCUGUGUUAAGCCAAAGUAUCUAAAAACUAUCCUCCUGGACUACAGCAUCCAUCAUUCCCCAGCCAAGCCACCCAUUGGUUUGUGUGAUACGCUUUGUAGUUCAACCCUUUGAGAAUCCCCUGGAUUUGCUCCUCCCUUAGGACAAUCUUUCCAAUAGCCCCAGGAUUCAUUCAAGCACAUGGACUAUUUACAGUAAAACCAGCUGUCAAGGAUGACAUUUUGGCAGCUAUGUGCCUCUGCGUUUCAACUUGCCUUUAAAUUAAGCAGGGGAGGUGUUACUUUUAAGUGGGUUAGAUUGAGAAAUGAAACUUCUACAAUUCCACUGAAUUCUGUGAGAGCCUGAAACUUUUCAAGGAUACCAGAACAGGUGUGGAUUUGAAGCAGACAGUUCCCAUAAAGUGAACAUGUUUAUAUGGACUACAUAAGACAUUGGGAGUUUGGCUGGGAAAAUUAUUGCUUAAGUCUAUGAAUUGGUGUUGGAACCUCAGAGUUAGUUCUGCUGAGACAUUGCC